UUUCAUGGGGAUAAUUUGUAGCUUUGACAUGGAAAUAUUGGCGCGGAUAUUUGAACAAUGUCCAGUAUAACGAUUACAAGAAUAACAUUUUCUCCGUGAAUCAGCAAGAAUGGUGUGUACUUUAAUUGUGAGUCAGUGAUACGGCACUCGACCUGUUACGUUUUCACCUGGUUAAUUCAAAUUUGAAAACUCCUCCAGUUCAUUUUGCACCGGAUGUGCGGCGCGUAUAAUGCAUAAUGCUUCCGCUGAUGCACUUCCAACUGCUGUAUAAGCGGAUUAUUUCCGGAUUAUUUAAUAUUGCACUGUUAAGUGCCUUAUCAAAACGCAUCCAGCUGUAAAGGUUGGUCGUGCGCCGAUAUGACUGGGAAAUUUGCAUGGCCACUCUUCUGACUGAGUUAUAUUGAUGUAAAAAUGGGAUUAUAGCUGACAAUGGCGUGUUCAUGAAACCUUAUCUACAGUCUACAAACCGGAAAACCAACAGACAACCCAAUCAUUUUUCCAAUUGUUCGUCUACGACCGAUACGAUCGACCGAAUUAUUGUACGGCGCGUGGGCACAAUACGCUGUACGGAGCGUGUAAUAUUGGAUUGUCGGUAGACAACGAAAUGCGCAGCCACACCAUAUUCACCAGCCGGAACAGCUGUAGCCGUGGUUAGCGCUGCUGCGGCUUGGUGUUGCACUGUGCGUGUGAGCUGGAUUUAUUCUAUCAGCCGUUUUCGCGUCGUACCUUGACCUGUGUGGUAUUGUUCCAUUUUGGAAAAAUUGAAACAAAUCUCAAUUUCUAUCGAACUGCCCCAUUGUUGAUCUUGAAUCAUGACGGAUAACGUUACGAUGGCUGUGCACUUGGUUAAUAGUGCCAGCCUUCCUCAUUUCUUAUCAGCUGCUGCUGCUGCUGAUCAUCACACGCACAGAGGCGGACAUCAUCAUCAUCGUAAUGCCAGGCCCUUAUCUUCCUACUCCGCAUCUACGUUUCAUCGUCGUCCCAAUAGUUUUGAAUCGUUGAAUUCGUCAUCAUCCGAAUACGAGUACGACUGGAGUAAUAUGGAUCAGAUUGUACAGGAGCAGAUGCAGGAGAACGACAUAAUCAAGCGGUCAAAAUUGCCAGCCAGUCCUGCGCUGGAAAAAGAUGUCGAUGACGAGGAAAUUGAUGAAGCCGUUUCCGUCACAACCCAACAAGAAGUCGAAUGGUUCAAGUCGCUUGGGCUUGAUGCCGUGCUGGCCAAAGUAUUCGAUGGUACGAACGAAAAACCUGACGAUCUUGAACUGGCCACCCACUAUACCAAAUCACAAGCCGAUACGAUACGACGGCGUUUGGCCAGUUUACAAGGCACAUUAUCGCGCGCAUCUAGCCGGCAAAUUGCUGAAGUGUUGUCGCGUACGUCGAGCGACCUGGACAUCGUAGCUGACGCCAGUCACGAGGUGCCCAUCCGGAAAACCAUUGUUAAGCCGAGCCGUGAUGUACGGGAUGUGUUUAAACCUAAGAAUGAGCGGCGCUCAUCGAGCAGUAGCGAUGACACCGAUACCGCCUCCCCGAAGCUCCACCGCUCAACAGAUUCCGUGGAUAGUGCGUCAGUAGAGCAGAAGCUAUCGGAUAUCUACCCGGAAAACUACCGUCCGGGCUAUUGCCUGACGCAGCCGCUGGAAGCGGUGACGAAACAACGCAGUCCGCCGCGCCGCUGGCGCACACCGCUGGGAGGACAGGCCGCCGCCGAUAUUGUGGGCAUUGAUCAGGAAACGGGAGUGAAGACGCUGAAGAUCAAUUAUCUACCGAACAGCGGUUACGAUACGAAAGUUCCGUUGGAGCAGCCGCCACCGGUUGUUUGGCCCAAAGGCACUUCCGGAGGGAUGGUCAAUGGAGAGAAAACCGUCGGACAGGAUUUACAAUUGGAAUUUGCUUUCAAACUUCAUCCCGCGGAAAGACCCGACACCGAAUGGCCGAAUGUGAUAAUGCGAAAUUGCCCAAGCGGGAUAGCGAGCAUUGAUGAUCUCUUGUGGGAAGCAGACAUGCAGAGUGUUAAACAAUUAGCGCUGAUUGAGACCACUCAAAUUUUUGAUCGAUACCAUUUAAUGCUCAGCAAACGUCGGCAGAAACCAAAGAAAAAAAUAAAAAAUAGUCCGGAAACUGCCGUAUUUGGUAGUUCCUUAGAUCGCCUGGUGGCAUUGGACAACAACCGUCAUGGCCGUGCGCUGGGCUGCAGUCGACCUUCCACGCUCGACGUACCCGUCGUCUUUCAGCAGAUGCUAAAUUAUUUGGAGGAAAGUGGUGGUAUUGGAGAGGAGGGCAUUCUUCGUCUAUGUGGCGAAACCAACCGGAUGCGGCGGCUACGCGGUGAAUUGGACAGUUACUACAGCCGGCAGGUGGUGGCGCAGGAUGAGUCCAGCGCCAGUCUGGACGAAGCCCAGUGGUUCCGCCGUAUCUUCCAGACCGUUUCCGUCCACGAUAUUGCCUCGGUUAUGAAGCAGUUUUUACGGGAUUUACCACAACCGCUGCUGACCAAUGAACUGGUGGAUGCAUUCGCACAAAUUUCAGAGAUCCCCGACCGGAUAACCCAAAUACAGGCACUUAAUUUGCUAGUCUUGCAACUGCCGCCCGCUGAACGAGCUACCUUGAAGGCUUUGCUACGAUUUCUCCGUAAAACCAUGGAAGCGGAGAAAUCCAACAAGAUGUCCAGCGCCAAUAUCGCCCUGAUCAUUGCUCCCAAUAUCUUCCAUCCGAAAGUGAAAACCGGUUCCCCCAUUUCUAGUCAGAACUUCCCCUUACUGAAUUCCAACGAACAGAAGCGCGCGGACGACGCCACCAAGCAGUUUGAUCUCGUGGCCCGCCUGAGCGUGAUCACGCGAAUUAUGAUUGUGUAUUCGCCAUAUCUGUUUGUCCUUCCGCCAUCCUUCCUGCAGCAGAUUCGCACCAAACACGCUACCGACCUGUCCAAAGUGGAGAAGAAGACCAAAGAGAAACGCAUUAACCGCCUGGAUCCGCGGAAGAUCCGCUCCAAGCCCGCCAAAACGCUACCGGUUCUCCCGGAAGCCGAUAAAACCGACUCCACCUUCUUCCAACAACAAUUUCCCACGGAGCCGUCAUCGGCGGUGAUUCGUGUGCGGUUGGGGCGGAGGAAUUCCGGUGACGGGGAGCAUCCCAAUCAGAAGGUGUCGACGGCGGUGCAGGUCACGCCGGGAUUAACGGCCGGUGAUGUGGUGGCCAAGUUUCUGCCGACAUCUAGUCUGGCAUCGUCUCCGGAGAUCUCCACCUCGACGGAGCCUUUAAAUCUCUCGACGUCGUCGGGUGUGAGUGGAUCGGAUAAGAGUUCAUCGAGUUCCAACGAGAAUUUACUGGAGAUCGAUAGUGGCCGCAGUAUCGGGGGAUCUAUUGCGGAGAAACGCGAGCAUGAGCCGCCGGUUUCUUUGCACACGCAUUUCCUGGUGGAGCAAGGAGGGAAUAUCGGUCUGCGACGUUUAGACCACAAUGUUUCCAUGUUGGCAGCUUAUCGUGCCAAUCCAACCGCGGUGUGGAUUGUCAAAUAUUUCGCUCAUGUUUGAUGAGAAUUUUUUUUAGUUUUUGUUUAAAUUAAUUUUGAACACGUUGUGAAGAAAUCCAGGGUGUGGUAAUUUUGACCUGCCGGUGGUGAAAAACUGAAUGCGGCAGAUGCGUUGACUGUACAGAAAAAGAUGAUUUUCCUUGUUUUAUGCUCAAAUGUUAGGUGUUUUUUUGAAGUGCUGACUUUUUGUAUUCUUGUGAUCUGUUGAUUUUAUGCACGGUAUUGGAGACAAAUGUUAUUUCAUAAAUAACUUACUGAA